UGGCUCGCGGAGACGCUGAAGCUGCUGGCCGAGUUCAUCGAUGCUGAGGCGGACCCCCGCGCGCUGUUCGCGGACCUGCAGGAGAUCGCGGAGGGCGAGUCGGGCUCGGUGUACUCCGCGCUCGUCGUCCCCGACACCGACUCGACUCGCAGCACAACAGGCAGCACAACAGACAGCGGCAAGUCGCGCCUGGCGUCGGCGUCGGCGUUCCUCCGCGCGCGCGCAAACGAGCGCGUGGCGAUCAAGCAUGUUGCGCUGCUGCCGGGCGGCUCGCAGAAGCUUAGCGACCUGCGGCGCGAGCUGGAGCUGCUGCGCGGCGCGCGGCACCCGCACGUGCUGCAGAUGGAGGGGCUGUACGUGGACCUCGUCGAGGACAGCCUGUGGAUCGGGAUGGAGCUCAUGGAGCGGAGCUUGGCGGAUAUGUUGGGCGUGGGCGCGGACGAGGAGGGCGAGGAGGACGAGGAUGGGCCUGGGGCCGUGGCGGCGGCGGGGGUGGCGGUGGUGACGAUCACGGAGAACAUGAUCGCGCGGUUUGCUUGGGACGUCCUGCUCGCGCUGUCGUACCUCCAAAAGCAACACAUCGGCCACCGCGACCUGCGCUCGGACAACCUGCUCGUGAACCGCGACGGCGUGCUUAAAAUAGCCGACUUCUCGAGCGCCGUGCACGCGCCCCCGGGCACCCCAAAAACAUCAGACAACGUUGGCGUCAUCUACUGGCAGGCACCAGAAAUGCGAACCGGCCUGUACGACCCGCUGCGCGUCGACGUGUGGUCGCUCGGCGCGACCGCGUGGGAGCUCGUCGAGCGCGAGCCGCCCUUCGCGGACGUCGUCGACACGCGCCAGAUCGGCCUGCAGCUGCCCCCGCUCUCCGACCCGGAGAGCCACUCACGAUCUUUUCACGAUUUCCUGCAUUCAUGCUGUCAACCCGUCUCGUCACGACCGGAUCCCGACGAGCUGCUGAGCGCUCCUUUUGUUCGGACUGCGUGCCCGCGCUCGGCGAUCGUGCGAUUGCUCGCACAGUGUCGGGCGGUCGAGGAGAGGCUG